AUAGUAAUAUUGCAUAUUUCUAGAAAGGGUAAAAAAUGAGUUCAAAUACCGGGAUGGAUGGCUCUAAAAUCAUCACCUUGGUUGCUAAACACUUUGAAAUAUUUUACGCUAGUGAGAGAUUUGACGAGAUUAUUCAACAUUUUUCAGAAAUUUGCAAACUUUUAGAUCUGCAACCUACCAACUUUUUAAACUUUUAUCCAGCAUUAAAGAAGAAUGUGAAAGCGUGUCAAGGUAUAAACUUGUUUAAAAUUCUUGAUGAAAGAACGAAACAAACAGUUUACUCAGACAACACAGCAGCCUCAAACAUAAAGAUGGUUGUGAUAGGAGCAGGUCCUAUUGGGUUGAGGACCGCUAUAGAAUCUCAACUCCUUGGUGCCAAGGUCACAUUAAUAGAGAAGCGGACUUCAUUCUCCAGAAACAACGUACUUCAUCUUUGGCCAUGGGUUAUAGAAGAUUUGAAGUCUCUAGGGGCAAAAACCUUCUAUCCAAGAUUCUGCACUGGAACCAUGAACCAUAUAAGCAUCCGGAAAUUACAAUGCAUUCUCCUGAAAACUGCAUUAUGCUUUGGAGUGGAAGUAUUUGGAGGAGUCGAAUAUCAAGGAAUUAAUGAACCUGAAUGUGUAUCAGAUCACUGGAAAAUUAUGGUGAGUCCUCCGAACCCUGAACUAGAAAACCAGCAGCUAGAUGUUGUAAUAGGAGCAGAGGGGAAACGAGUUACACUGCCAGGUUUCAGGAGGAAGGAGUUCCGUGGAAAGCUUGCAAUAGCUAUAACAGCAAAUUUCGUUAAUAAACGAACAACAGCAGAAGCUGUUGUAGAAGAAAUUAGCGGAGUUGCAUUUGUUUACAAACAAGACUUCUUUAAUAAUUUAUAUGAAGAAUUCGGAAUUGCUUUGGAGAACAUUGUUUACUACAAGGAUGAAACUCAUUAUUUUGUGAUGACUGCUAAGAAACACAGUCUUUUGGACAGAAAAGUUUUAAAAAAGGAUUUAAAGGAUCCCAUCGAGCUGCUGAGCGUAAAGAACGUAAAUAAAGAUGCACUCUAUGAUUAUAUUAGAGAUGCGUGUGACUACUGCACGGAUUAUCAGCUUCCCCAGCUUGAAUUUGCUUUGAACCACUACGACCAGCCUGAUGUUGCCUUGUUUGAUUUCACAAGCAUGUUUGCAUCUGGGAAUGCAAGCCAUGUUAGAGAGAAAAAUCAAAGACAACUUUUGUUUGGAUUGGUCGGUGACGGACUGUUAGAACCUUUUUGGCCAACAGGGACAGGGAUAGCGAGAGGAUUUCUCGGUGCCUUUGAUUGCUGCUGGAUGAUAAAGCAAUGGGCAGCCGGGGAAAUGUCUCCAAGUGAGGUUUUAGCAGAGCGUGAAUCUAUUUUGAAACUUCUUCCACAAACAACGCCAGAAAAUAUUACAAAGGAUUUCAAAAAAAUUUCUAUUUACCCUAAAACAAGGUAUCCAAACCUUCAUAACUAUAUCUAUACACCAAAUCAAGUUGAACAUCUCUAUAUAAGCGAUGAAUCAGAAAAUAAGGAUCUUCCAAGGUAUCUUCAUCCUGGCUUUAUUGAGAAUCUCCCUUUGGGUAAAAAAGUCCACCAGAAGGAAGAGAAGAAAAAUUAUAACUUUCAUUUUCCAGUAAAGCAAAAACCUACAGAGCCUGUAUUUCAAGAUGAAAGCAAGGCUUUCAUGAAAAAAGAUUGGGAUUCUGUAUCAAACAAAUGUUCUCCAGCGUCCAAACAAGAAAUGGCUCUUAAAAUAGCAAAGGCGUUCGGAAAUGGAAAUCCGAAAAAAUCUUCAUCAGGGAAAAUAGACCAGAAAUCUCCACUUCCAGCUAAAAGUCCCAAAAACCAUCCGAUCAGAAAACCUGUUGAAACUAAAAAAGAUCCGAAGCUUUCAAUUCAUAAACUCUGUGAACGAGAACCUGUUCAGCUGCAUUCAAGCGUUGCACCGAUAAUACCUUCAUCGGAUAUUGAAAUAGAUCCAGAGCUUGACAGUCUUCUAGCAGAACUUGAAAACGACCAAGAUUUUCAAGAACUGCCUGAAAAUGAACAAAAAACGUGGCUUGAAUCCUUGUUCUUCCUUGACACACUUCAUCUACCUGGACGAGGACCAAGCUACAAAGACAUGCUAACUCCGACUAAACAAGCGACAAAUAAUACUCUCAGAGUCAACGGAAGUUCAGAAAUAAAGGCUAAUCCUGUAACGGCAAACAAGACAAAUUUGGAGGAUAUCGAUUCGUCAAUUCAUGUGAAUGAUAAAAUGAGAGACCUUGCCAAGGAUUUCUUUACAAAUAAAAAACCCGAGUCCACUGUUGAAAGUGGAGCUAAAUCCUCUACAAAUAAUUCCAAGACAAAACUACCAGAACUAUCACGAAAAAAUUCAGCUGUCUCCUGUACUCCGAAGUUUACUCGAAAACUUUCAAGCACUCAAUUAGAAACCGAGGUUGAUCAAGAUUUAAACAAAAACAAUAAUACGGUUGAAUCCAGGGUGAACAAUAAUCUGUGCUCCUUAGCUCAGUCAUAUUUCAGUGAUUCUGGGCCCCAGCAGAUCGUGGAAAGAAAGUUGUCUCUCAGCUCUAAACCUAGCGAACCAAUAGUUCAGAUGAAUAGACAGGAUAGACAGGGUUCAAGAGAUAACAAAGAAUCCUUGGUUGCGGCUUUCUUUGACAACAAACCCAAUGCGCAGACACAGCUUAAGAAACCUGACAAGGUUGUAACUGAGAGAGUUAUGUACGAGCCAGGAGAAUAUGAAGAGGAGGAGGAGGAGGAGGGUCUCGGAGGAAAUAUAGAGGAAUACUUUAAAGCGAAACAUUCCAACCCCAUUGAACCACCACCACCUCCACAGAGGAAAAUGGACAAGCAAGCGUUUAUGAUGAAGGUCCUAGGUAACGCGACUGGAAUUCUACAGGGAAAACGAUGAAUAAAAGAAGAACUUUGUAGGCUUUAAUUUUUUCCUAAAAUACAUUUGCAUAUUUGCAACAAAAAAAGGAAUCCAUGGAGGAUGAUUAAUCAUUUUGGUCAUGAAUGUCAAUUUUUACUAUGUUUAUUUUUUCAUACAUUAAUAGUUUCUUUAAUAACUAAAUAAACGCACAAUUUCAUUGCA